CCUUUUUGUUUCUCUCUGCCCACCCAGAUGUUCAAGGUAGCAGCCUUCGCCUGCGUGUGGGCAGCCGCUUGGUGCAAUCCAGCCGUGGCGGCGGCGGGGUCCAUAGCUGCAGCGGCGACGGGAGCCGGAGGCAGGUCAGACAGCGGGAAUUUCCUGGAUGAUAAGCAAUGGCUUACAACCAUCUCCCAGUACGACAAGGAGGUCGGACAGUGGAACAAAUUCCGAGACGAUGAUUAUUUCCGUACAUGGAGUCCACUUACAUCCUUUGAUCAAGCUUUAGACCCAGCUAAAGAUCCAUGCUUAAAGAUGAAAUGCAUUCGUCAUAAGGUAUGCAUUGCACAAGAUCAACAAACAGCUGUUUGCAUUAGCCACCGGAGACUGACACACAGGAUGAAAGAAGCUGGUUUAAGUCAUAAACAAUGGAGAGUUGGUUCUCUUUCAUCAUGCAAACAGUGUCCUGUAAUUUAUACCAAUCCGGUUUGUGGAUCCGAUGGUCACACAUAUUCUUCUCAGUGCAAACUAGACUAUCAGGCAUGUGCCUCAGGAAAACAUAUCUCAGCUAAGUGUGAAGGACGUUGUCCUUGCCUUUCAGAAAAGGCCACAAGUGCAGGCAGAGGUGAUAAGAGAGCGUGUGGCGACUUGGAGUUCAGAGAAGUUGCAAGUAGAUUGCGAGACUGGUUCAAGGCACUUCAUGAAAGUGGAAUUCAGAAGAGAGCUAGACCUUUGCAAAGGCCCGAAAGAAGCAGAUUUGAUACCAGCAUUUUACCAAUUUGCAAGGACUCUCUUGGCUGGAUGUUUAACCGACUUGAUACAAACUAUGACCUACUUUUGGACCAAUCAGAACUUGGAAGUAUAUAUCUUGACAAGAAUGAGCAGUGCACCAAGGCAUUCUUCAAUUCUUGUGACACUUACAAGGACAGUUUAAUAUCAAACAAUGAAUGGUGUUACUGUUUCCAAAGGCAGCAAGAUCCACCUUGCCAGUCAUUGCUCAGCAACAUUUACAAACAACAAGGGGGGAAGAAGUUUCUAGGGCAGUAUAUUCCUUUAUGCGAUGAAGAUGGCUACUAUAAACCAACUCAGUGUCAUGGAACUGCAGGUCAGUGCUGGUGUGUUGACAGAUAUGGCAAUGAGGUAACAGGAUCCCGAACACACGGGGCUGCAGAUUGUGAUUUAGAGACUUCAGGGGAUUUUGCCAGUGGUGAUUUCCAUGAAUGGACAGAUGAUGAGGAUGAUGAUAUCCUGAAUGAUGAAGAUGAAAUAGAAGAUGAUGAUGAUGAAGAUGAGGGUGACGAUGAUGACGACGACCAUGAGGGAUACAUUUGA